AUGAACGUAAAGUUUAGAGGCUAAAAUCGAAUAUGAAUUAGUUAGGCCGAAUUUAUAAAAUAAAAGUUUACGGUGAUAUUAAACACGCCUCAAAGCAAUCACUCCCCCCGGUAAUUAGAAGGAGAAAGUCGUCGAGCGCGACUAAAACUCCGCGUCGACUACGAGACGAAUGUAUGGUUCCGUCACCGUGCGUUAAUCAUCUCGACAAUACAACGACGUCAGCAUCCGAGACAAUUAGCAUUCACGUUCGUAGCCCGAAGAAACGUUCGAAAGUAAACGCGUGCGCGUAUCACACGCGUGUAUUCUCUAUCGAAAGUAAGUCUUGGAAAGUAUUUCAAGACACACAUGUCCUUGUUCACUUUCCUCUGAGGUAGGUUUACGAUCUGGCAGCUGCGGCAAUUUCUCAUUGACACGCAAAUCUCUUUGUCGCUAUUCGGUAUCGUUCCACUCCGCGUCAAGAAUUACCGUUUAUUUUUUUGCGAACUUCUAAACAUUCGGUCAAUAUGUAUACUUUUUAUCUUAUCAGCGUAAAAUUUAGCCUCUCUGGGCAUCUCUGGGCACAUCAAAUUUUACCUGGUCUCUACCUGGGGCAAUAAUUUACGCGUCGACUUCGUGAAAAUUUAACGCAACCGUUUUCUCGUUUUCUCAAGUUGCCUUGACCCUCGCAUACGACCGCAACGUCUAGUGUGUAAAAAUACGAAUAUCUGCGAAUAUCUGCGAGGCGACAGAUGACACGUCGACGUUUCUCGCAAAUUCAUGUCCGGGAGAAAAUACUUAUACGCGCCUCACCGUGGUGUGAAAAAUAAAUAAAUAAAUUACUUGAACAUUUGCACGAACACGUUGCUCGAGUGCAAUCUCUCACUCCUUGAUUUAUUAUGCACCAACAACAUUCGACAUGGACCAUUGGCUUCUUUUAUGUCAAGUUUUGCAUUGCUCAACGCAAUUAUCCGAGUAACACCUCGCCUACCACUUUAUAUCGUUCGUGCACUGCAUAUUCCGAGAAAGUUUAACAAACGAGCGUCGAGUGUGUAAUUUCUAUGGGAACUUUUUCGCGCAACUGAAGACGAGCGAGUCGUGAUGAUGAAUUUAAUCGUGACGGUGCAACAUUCACGAGCCACUGGCGCCUCAGGUAGAAAUAGAGGGGAUAAUAUAAAAGAAAGUUUCUGUUCGUAGACUUUCGAGUUUUCAGUCCCGUUUCGGUCCGCACGGAAUUCGUUUACACGUUUCAUCGCGUCCAAAGUCUCGGUGAAUUUCGUGAAUUCAUAUCCUGCUCGAGACACGCGACGAUCUGGAAUCCUGGAAUCAGAGAAUCAGGAGUGACACCGAGACGACCUUGCAUUGUACAUUUCUUGAUACGCGCCAAGUACACGUGACAAAUUGAUAUACAUUAUUUGUCCAUCAGUCGGUCGGGAAAAAAUGACUGAUGAAACGAGAGGAAUCGCCGAGGGAGAUAAUACUCCAUCGAUGCGCGAGCCCGCGAGCGCGUAUUUAUUUAAUUAAUAACUUGAUUAAAAUGGAUCGAGAGAGAGAGAAUGCACCCGAGCGGCGUGGGAGCAUUCAUAUUAAUUAAGAGAAAUUUCAUUUCACAUCGCACACGAAAAUGCAGGUGUCCGUGGUUCUCGCGCUCGUCGUUCUGCUUCUGGAAAUGGUCGACUUCGGCGAAACUUACAGAGCCGUCAGGCCGUACAAAUAUUAUAAUCCUCAUCCGUGGCGGCCGCUGCGAUGGUAUCCGUCUGGGAAAACCUCGAAGCGCCAUCACGGUAGCUAUAAAGGGAGACCGACGCGCAAGUAUCGUCCUUACGCACCGGAUCCGCACAGGUACGCACCGCACUACUCGGAGGACUCGGUGGACGUGCCCGGCGAUGACAAACCCUACGUCAUAGUCAUACAGCUGCCGCGAAGAAAGGACAAACGCAAGAAACGGCCCUAUCAGCGUGCUCAUACUAUAGAGCCCUCCGAGUACGAGCGAGAGAUUGAUUACAUUAACGACGACGACGACGACGUUAUCGACAGUGACAACAACGGCCACGAUGACGGUGAAGUGAAAGUGUACCGACUCGAUAACAAUAAGGUACAGAUCAAAGUGAACGACAGGCUAUCGGUUCUCACUUCGUGAGAACGCGCGUGCACGUGUUUUGUGUCUCGCAAUGCGGUGAUUUAUAAUUAACGAUUCCUCGAAAAAUCGCUGAGAAGAAAGAAACGGCCGAUUCUCAGUGAGUUGAAUCUUGGUUUCGAUAUUUGUGUAGUUUCGCGUUCGUGCUACAUUCGUCGUAUUUGUUAUAUUUAUGAUUAGGACUGUGUUCUAAAAUCACACAGGGAGACUUGUACGAGAGAUCAUUUAUUCGCGUUAGAAUUAUGCCAUCUGCUCAUUAGACGUGAGCGACAAAUCGAUACUCGAUUCUUUUUUGCUCUUACCUAAUAAUUGCUUCGUAUCGAACACGGCUCUCAAUUUGCCGUUAAUAAUGACGCUGCGAAUGCUAAGUAAUGAGGACACUCCAGUGAGAGGACGGGAUAAAUGGCCGCGAAAAUGAAAUCCCACGUUUCUCAAUGUAGUUUUUAUUUCUAACAUAAUAGUCAACGAACAUAUUGUAAUAGUAAAUAAUAAUAAUAUACAAUAUCGUAGUGAUGUUGAUGUGUCGCUGCUGCAAUUCGUCCUGCGUGAUUCGCUCUUUUCUCUCUCUCUCUCUCUCUCUCUCUCUCUCUCUCUCUCUCUCUCUCUCUCU